AUGAAGUGUAUUCUUUUGGGUUGUAUUGCGAUCAUUCUCCUCGCUGACGGGACGAAUGCAGUGUCUCCGUUCCCUUUUCAAUUGCCUGACUUGGACAGCAGAAACGGGAAUUCAUUCAGCUCCAGCUAUUAUGGGCAUACUUCCGAUGAUAGCGAUUGGUCUGAGUGGAGUCGCGACUUUACGGUUGAGAAUUCCGGUUCAGGGCACGCAGUGAUCACCGUGGAUUGUUCAGAAGAGCUUCAUCGCGCAAAAAUUGCUGAGGGUCGCGUAGAAACGGAACGGGCCGCUCGUGAACAGGUAGAACAAGAACUGACGCGAGUGAAGGAGCAAGUUGAGGAGUUUAUGCGACAAAUUCGAAUACUGAAACGUGACAAAGAAGACGCCGAAUAUCAAAUCAGAUUAAUCAAUGGCAAACUGAACGAUAUGAAGAACGAAUUCCAAAAGCAACAGGAUUAUGCAGCAGAUCUGGAAAUCAAGGUGCAACAAUAUAAGGAACAAAUUGAUGCGCUAACUAAUGAACUAGAAAGUGAAAGUAAAGCUAGACAAGUUGCCGAAAGUAAGGUUCGAAUAAUAAGAGGACAAAUUGAUAAGCUAAACGUCCAAGUAGAAACCACUGAAGCUACAUUAGCAGACGCCAGACUUCAGAUUGGAGGCCUUCAAGACGAACUCAAGGAGUGCAACGAUAUCAAGCAAGACGAAAUUAAUAUCAGAAUCGAACUCGAACAGAAGCUGCAAACGUUACAGAAGAUAAUUGACGAACUAGACACUAACAUAGAUAAUCAAGUCAACGCGAAAGAUGAGUUCCGGAAAGCGCUCAAUAAAUGUCGAGAUGCCGCCGAACAAUGCAAUUCGGAUAUUGAAAGAUGCAGUAUCGAAAAUGAUCAAUUCACAAUUAUUAUAAAACAAAAAGACGUCAAAAUACAGCAACAAAAUACAGAAAUAGUUGAUCUAAGAACCACUGUCCAGCGUGACGAAGAUCUUAUAGGAAAGAUGCAAGAUCAAAUUGAUUAUAUAACUGACGAAUUAAACACCUGUGAUUGGCAGUUACAGCAAGCGUACCAUCAGAUAGAAGAGGACCACCAAGAAUAUACCGUCGUAGUGGAUACCUAUAAAGAAACGAUAUCGAAUAUGCAGAUUCAAAUAGACAUUCUGCAAACCAAACUGAGCACAUGCAGUAGCGAACCGUCGGUCAACGUCACCGUUAUGAACAAUUUCCACGUUCAAUUAACAACAAUCUUGAAUGAACUACUAGAUAAACUGAAGCGCUCAGCAGAUGAUCAUCAGAAGCAAGUUAUGCAGGUAUUCAUUGACUUCAUUAAUCAGAUGAUCAUAUGUGAUCGCAUCGAUAUGAAGACCAUCAUAGCCGUUCAGCAAUUUAUGAGCAGCAUGAUGAAAUAUGGUAUAGGUGGUUGCACGACAAUAAUUCCUUUUGGACCGAUCGGUAACGGACCUAACAGUAUUCCAUCUAUCAUAGACAUACUUCGUCAUUUCCCCAACAUAAACAUAAGAGAUGUAUUGAAUAUCCUGUUCCCCGGUGUGAACAUAACUGGCCUAGAUAUACCUAUGACUUCCGAACCAUCUGGCUCAGUGAAUGUCACAAUGCGAAGAAACGUAACAACCGUGAUAAAAGGUGAUUACUCUGGUAACUCAACUAUUAUUACAAGCGGCUCGGGUUCGCGCGUAGUCACCUCAAGCUCAAGCAACAUGACCUCAAGCUCAGGUGGCAUGACCUCCAGCUCAGACGGCAUGACCUCGAGCUCAAGCAGCGUGACCUCGAGCUCAGGCGGCAUGACCUCAAGCUCAGGCGGCAUGACCUCGAGCUCAGGCAGCAUGACCUCCAGCUCGAGCAGCAAGACCUCAAGCUCAAGCAGCGUGACCUCGAGCUCAAGCAGCAUGACCUCCAGCUCGGGCAGCAAGACCUCAAGCUCAAGCAGCAUGACCUCAAGCUCAAGCAGCGGCGACUCAGAUGUCGUUUCUGUGAUGGAAGCAGCAGAUUCAAAUUCGGAUAAUAAAUCGGCAGACGAAUCUUCAGCGUCGUCGAAGUCUGGAAAGACCGCAAAGAUUGCUCGCUCUUUUAUAAUAAAGAGAACGACGCCGGAACGUAUAUCGGCAGCCGGUUCUCAAUCGGAAAAGAAACAACAAGUGACUUCGGCAUAG